AUGGCAUCAUCGCAGCGCAAGGAAAUCCUCGUCAUUGGCGGCACAGGCGCCCAAGGCAUACCUGUCGUGCAAACCCUCUCGGCUUCCGAAGAGUAUUCAGUCCGUGUUCUUACGCGUGACCCUUCGUCUGCUCGAGCGAGAUCCCUUGCCGCCCUGCCCAACGUCACCUUGAUCCAAGGCACGCAGGAGUCCGAAGCGGACCUGCACCGCGUCUUCAACGGCGUAUACGGCGCAUGGGUGAACCUCGACGGCUUCAUCCUAGGGGAAAUGAAAGAGUUGUACCUCGCAUUCCGGUGCUAUGAGAUUGCCAGGGCCGAGGGAUUGAAGCAUUAUGUCUGGGCAAAUUGUGACUAUGCAUUGAAGAUUGCUGGAUGGAAGGAGGAGUAUCAUUGGGGCAUAAUGAUGCAAAGGGACGAGUUGGCGGUAAGUUUUGGGAAGUUCCGCUUGGUCAUUCCGGCAAAAAGCCUUCCUGAGAAUGGCGCAUCUGGCCAGAACUCGUGCCACAGAGCUGGCGCCAUACCAGGAGCCGAAACACCCCAUUGCUUGGGCAAGAAUCUGGGUGCUCAUCGACUGAACGCGGAGUAG